CCCUGUGGGCGUGGUUCCCUGCAGCCUCCGUACAAUCAGAGUCCCCGCUGUCUGGGUCUUGCUCCUCCCACUUCCCCAUCGCUACCCACCAGCCCCACCCCCACUCCCGUUUGCUUUGUUGGAAGCCUGUUUCCCCUGUGGAACUGGGCAGGUCUCAGUUUUAAUGUCUGUUGCUUUGGGGGCGGGGCCUAAAUUGUUGAAAUGACAACAUCCACUUCCUCCACCCAGGCAGCAGGGCCUCCAGCUCCCUACGUCCCGCCAACGGCUGUGUGUCCUCUGUGUGCCCUGGUCUGAGUCUGUGCUUUCCCCCUGCGGCCGAGCCUGGCACCUAGUGUGCCCUUCCCUCAGUUAUUUCUUGUGGGGUUGGUUAGACUGGCCUCAGAGGCUUUCUGGGAAAGGGUGACGGGGUGAGCCGCUUUGAAAUCUGUGCCGAGCUCCGUAGCCUUCAGCCAGGCUGCCUAGCCUCUCUGGACCUCAGUUUCUUCAUCUGUACCAUGGGUCUAUUGCUGUAGUGAGUAAAAUCCUGCCACAGUCCCCGGCCCAUUGUAGGUGGCCGCCUCGGGUCACAUCCUACCCGGCAAGAGCUGACAGAUUCUCCUAGCCACUGAGGAAGAACCACACCAGAGUGCAUGUGACCCUGUAGGGCUGGGCCAGGGCUGGACGGCAUCCCCACCCCCUCCCUCACGUGCUGUGUGACCGGGCAAGUUGACUGACAUCUUUGAGAGUCACUGGGAAGAGUCAAUUAACUCGAAUGGGAAUAUGCUCAGCACACAGGUGUUUACGUCAACGGUGGCUGUCAUUUUAUUGUUAUUGUUAUUGUUAUUCCCAUGUACAAGGUGCUGUUGGGAACACAGAGGAAGUCACUGACUGGGGGUUCAGGGAAGGCUCCGUAGAAGAGGGAACACUUGAGCUGGGUCUUGAAGGAUGAGUAGAAGUUCACCAAGUGGGAAAGGACCUUCUAGGAUGGCCGAACCUCGAUUUAACAACCCUUACUUCUGGCCCCCUCCUCCCACCAUGCCCAGCCAGCUGGACAACCUGGUCCUGAUUAACAAAAUCAAAGAGCAGCUGAUGGCCGAGAAGAUCCGGCCGCCUCACCUGCCACCCACCUCAGCCUCGUCCCAGCAGCCACUGCUAGUGCCCCCCGCGCCCGCUGAGAGCAGCCAGGCGGUCAUGUCGCUGCCCAAGCUGCAGCAGGUGCCGGGGCUGCACCCGCAGUCUGUGCCUCAGCCCGACGUGGCGCUUCACGCGAGGCCGGCCACUAGCACUGUCACAGGUCUAGGGCUUUCCUCUCGGACCCCCGCUGUGAGUACAUCGGAGUCAACUCCAGGCGCUGGCACGGGCACCAGUACCCCGUCCACACCCACCACCACCAGCCAGAGCCGCCUCAUCGCCUCGUCCCCCACCCUCAUCUCAGGGAUCACCAGCCCCCCCCUCCUGGACUCCAUCAAGACAAUCCAGGGCCACGGCCUGCUUGGCCCUCCCAAGUCCGAACGAGGCCGCAAAAAGAUCAAGGCAGAGAACCCAGGGGGUCCCCCUGUCCUUGUUGUCCCCUACCCCAUCCUGGCCUCCGGUGAGACCGCAAAGGAGGGCAAGACAUACAGGUGUAAGGUGUGCCCGCUCACCUUCUUCACCAAGUCCGAGAUGCAAAUCCACUCCAAGUCGCACACCGAGGCCAAGCCCCACAAGUGCCCGCACUGCUCCAAGUCCUUCGCCAACGCCUCCUACCUGGCCCAGCACCUGCGAAUCCACCUGGGCGUCAAGCCCUACCAUUGCUCCUACUGUGACAAGUCUUUCCGACAGCUCUCCCACCUCCAGCAACACACCAGAAUCCACACAGGCGACAGACCCUACAAGUGCCCACAUCCUGGCUGUGAAAAGGCUUUCACUCAGCUCUCUAACCUCCAGUCUCACCAGCGCCAGCACAACAAGGACAAGCCCUACAAAUGUCCCAACUGCUACAGGGCCUACUCAGACUCCGCCUCCCUCCAGAUCCACCUCUCCGCCCACGCCAUCAAGCACGCCAAGGCCUACUGCUGCAGCAUGUGCGGGCGGGCCUACACCUCGGAGACCUACCUGAUGAAGCACAUGUCCAAACACACAGUGGUGGAGCACCUGGUGAGCCAUCACUCACCGCAGAGGACGGAGUCCCCAGGCAUCCCGGUGCGAAUCUCUCUGAUCUGAGCCCAGCUGCGGCCCCGCCCCGCCCACUUGGCAGACACGGAACUAGGCAGCGCUCAGCCUAACUCUCGCUGAGGCCUCCCAGGAACCACCAAGCUCUCUUAUGACCCUCCCAACCUGCCAGAAAGCUUGGUCCUCAGAAGCCCAGCCUGGUCCCGCUCCUGGGCAGCCAGGCCAGCUGCAAGAUUCUGGACUGUUCUGGUGGCAUCCAAAGACAAGCUCAGAGCACUUUGAACCUGUCUGUUGGGUUUUUCUCUUCGUUCCCCCUCCCUCACUUGCUUCACUGUUUCUUGUUUUUUAAGUUUGUUUUGGAAAUAACAAAAAAAAAAAAAAAAAAAAAAAAAAAAAAGGAUAUUUAUUGGCCAGAAUGUUGGUGCUGCUAAGAACGAGAAAUUAAAAGGACCGGACAGACGGAUACAGAGAACCAGAGGGCAGCGUGGGAACUUCUCUGGCCAUAGCCUCAGGUUCUUGAAGGGAGGCUCAGGCCUGGGGUUCUGGACUUCAAAGGGGACCCUCCCCCCAGGUGGGAGGAGACAGCUGGAGUGAGCCCUUCAGCCCCGUCACCCAGUCAAACUGCCUGAACCUGGCCCUAGCCUUCAUGAGCAGAGAGGGUACAGCAGCUGCCAGCGCUGCCUGGCUUUAGGGCAUGGAAACAAGAGGGGUCUGGAGAGCCGCAGGACCAAAGGGCGCAGUGACGGCUGGGUGGCAUAGCCCAGGGGAAUGGGUUGGGGGUGUGCCAGUGAGACUCGGCCCCUCCCCUGCUGCCCUGAAGAACCACCCCAGUCUACCUCGGUGCUGGCCAGGAAACCUAUCGGCUACCUCUCCCACCACUCCAGACUGUGGGCAGGGGGAAAGGGAGGGAGCGGGCCUGGGCUUCCAGAAUUCCCUCCAGAGGGGGACAGUGCCCAGGGAGGGGUUGCUCUCUCACCACAGGCGAGGGCUCCCCAACCCAUACCCCAGGCCCUGCGGCAGGGAUAGGAUCCUCCAAAGGAGGUCCCGGGAGCAGACCCUGCCCCCAGUCUCCCCCCCCAGACACAUCCCAAUCCGAAAGCCAUGCGUGUCCGUGUAUAUAGAAACUAUGUACAGAACCCAGAGAACCCUUCCGCAUCCUCCCCCCAGAGAAGAAGAAAACUAGACAAAACUCAUCUUAUAUAUUCUGUAUCUGGAGUCCAUUUGAAUAUUAACUGUGUUAUUUUUAUACACUUUUUAAGCCUUAACUCGCCAUUGAUUUACCAGUUUAACGUUUCCUGGGGUUUCUUUUCCACUGGGGGGGGGUGCCACAGCUCCCCCCCAACCCUGACCCCUUUGUUUGACUUGCGUCGUCUGAUACUCAGUAUUGUAGCUUUUCGUCUGCAUGUUAACUACCCUGUAAAUACGCUGUUCCGAUACUGUUAACAUCCUUUGCUUUUUACCCCCCCCCUCUGUGGGACCUCCAGGCCACCGUAUUUAGAAAUAGUUACCUUAUUAAAAAAGAGAAAACGGUCUGUUGGCUUCUCAGUCUGCAUCUUGGUGGCAGGGAGGCAAGGGCAGGUGGCCCUUGUCAGGAGAGAAGCUUAUGCCCUAUUUAAAGAAGGGAGUGGAGCCAAACCAGUCAAACAUGGGAGAGGAACACUUCCGGGGGCUGGGGGCGAGAGACGAAGGGUUGCAACCCCUCUGCUCUUUGUAUUUCUCUGAUGUGAAGAAUAAACCGUACCUACACCCGGGCAGUG